CGGACUCCAGACGGAAAUACAAACUCAUAAGAUAACCCUGUAUUUGUCCGCCACGGACCGAAUCAAAAAUCCUUUCUCUUCCACCGCAUUUAGUCCGCCAGUCCGCCGUAAAUAUUUGUCCAACCGACAUUGAAGCAAAGACAGCUUCGUUUUCUUGUGUCAGGGGCACGGUUUCCAACUAUCCUCGCAGCCCUGUCGUUGUUGAUCGACCGAGUUUUUCCUCGACAACAGCCUACGUCAGUCUCCACGCCAUUAUCACCUCACCUCCUGUCCUGGGAGUCGGUACUGCGCCACUAUGCCUCCUCAGAUCAAGCAAGACCUAAAUCGCUCAGGCUGGGAAAGCACGGAUUUCCCCUCAGUCUGUGAGAGCUGCCUUCCAGACAACCCUUACGUUCAAAUGCUAAAGGAAGAUUAUGGCGCUGAGUGUAAGAUAUGUACUCGUCCUUUCACCAUUUUCCGAUGGAAGGCGGACCGGACAGCUCGUCAGAAGCGAACAAAUAUCUGUCUCACUUGCGCACGAUUGAAGAACUGCUGUCAGUGCUGCAUGCUCGAUCUGUCUUUUGGAUUACCCAUCGUCGUUCGGGAUGCCGCCUUAAAAAUGGUGGCGCCUGGGCCGGAGAGCACCAUCAACCGAGAAUACUAUGCGCAAGAACACGAGCGCGAGAUUGAAGAAGGUCGCGGCGGCGUGGAGCAAUACGAGAAGACAGAUGAAAAAGCAAGGGAGCUUCUCAGGAGGCUCGCCAAUAGUGAGCCCUAUUACAAGAAACAGCGAAGGUUAGAAAACGACAGUCCAGCUGGUGGUCAGCUGGCAAUCGAGGAUGCCAAACCCCAUACACCAGGGCCUAUUCGAACGCGGGAUGGAGCCGGCAGAGGUGGUGCUCGAGGUGGGCGCCCUGCAGGUCGGGGCGGUCGAGGAUUUCCGAGCACAGCACAGCUUCCCCCAGGGCCAAAAGAUAUCCUGCCUCCGGCUGAUCCCAAUAUCACAUCGCUAUUCGUGACUGGAGUUGAGGAUGAUCUCCCAGAACAUGCCGUUCGGGCCCAUUUUAGUCAAUAUGGAUCCCUACGAUCACUCGUCUGCUCUCAUCGAUCACAUUGCGCAUUCAUAAACUAUUCGACGCGUCAAGGUGCUGAAGCGGCAGCAGAAGCCUGCCAGGGAAGAGCCGUCAUCAUGGGCUGUCCAUUACGGGUACAGUGGGGUCGACCCCGGCCGUUGGAUACCAUGGACCGACAGGAAAGAAUAGAACUGGGCAGAGAGGGGCGUGCCGCGGCGGCUGCUUCAGCUCGUCCACUCAAUAGAACAGCAAACGCUAGAGGAUCGGGAGAUCCAUCACAAGAAAGUGCCGACAGCCUUAGUGCUGUUGCCCCUCCACCAGGCAAAGAGGAUGUGCAGUAUGCUAGUCUUGCAGGUAAUUGAUUGGCGUUCUAAAGGAUUAUUUUGGAUUGAUAGCAAAAAUAUGUACUGUACGGAGUAUAUGAACAUAGUAAUCAUGACCGAAUGUCCCGCUUGUGAGAAAGAAGAUCUAUAUGAAAUUUGUCUGUCGCUUCCAUCGAGUUGUCAGAUACUAUAGUGAUGAGCAGCAUUGUCCUGGUUUAAGGAGUCCGGAAUCCGAAAUCUUGACACUAUCAUUAUCGCCUCGCUC